UGCGCCUCCAGGCCGCGGCGCUCCCGGCCUGCGGCUGUGGCGGCGGCGGCAGAGGAAGUUUCCGCUUUGCACUCCACCCCGGUAGCAGCUUGGCCGCGGGGACAGCUUCCUCCGGGCGCUUCGCGGGCUUUGCUGCCGCCGCACGUCAGCCCAGUCGGAUCAUGGGGUUUCCCAAGGGGCCGGAGGGCCAGAGUCUCCCGGAGGUGGAAACAAGAGAAGAUGAAGAACAAAAUGUCAAGUUGACUGAAAUUCUAGAACUCUUGGUUGCAGCUGGGUAUUUCAGGGCAAGAAUUAAAGGCUUGUCACCUUUUGACAAGGUAGUGGGAGGAAUGACUUGGUGCAUCACCACUUGCAACUUUGACGUAGACGUUGAUUUGCUUUUUCAGGAAAACUCUACAAUAGGUCAAAAAAUAGCUCUAUCUGAAAAAAUUGUCUCAGUCCUGCCAAGAAUGAAAUGCCCACACCAGCUGGAGCCCCACCAGAUCCAGGGGAUGGAUUUUAUUCACAUAUUUCCUGUUGUUCAGUGGCUGGUGAAACGAGCUAUAGAAACAAAAGAAGAAAUGGGCGACUACAUCCGUUCCUACUCUAUAUCCCAGUUCCAGAAAACCUACAGUCUCCCUGAGGAUGAUGACUUCAUAAAGAGAAAAGAAAAGGCCAUCAAGACAGUUACUGACCUCUCAGAUGUUUACAAGCCUCGCCGGAAAUAUAAACGCCAACAGGGAGCAGAGGAGCUGCUUGAUGAAGAAUCUCGAGUCCAUGCUACACUUUUGGAAUAUGGCAGGAGAUAUGGAUUUAGCCGCCAGAGCAAAACAGAGAAGGCUGAGGACAAGAAAGCAGCACUUCCCACAGGGCUGUCGGCUGCAGAAAAAGCUGAUACUCAUGAAGAAGAUGAGCUUCGAGCAGCUGAAGAGCAGCGUAUUCAGUCACUGAUGACCAAGAUGACCGCCAUGGCAAAAGAGGAGAGCCGUCUCACCGCAAGCUCCGUGGGCCAGAUCGUGGGACUCUGCUCUGCCGAGAUCAAGCAGAUUGUGUCUGAGUAUGCAGAGAAGCAGUCUGAGCUUUCAGCUGAAGAAAGUCCAGAAAAAUUAGGAACCUCCCAGCUACAUCGCCGGAAAGUUACUUCCUUAAACAAGCAGAUUAUGCAGAAGACCAAACAUCUUGAAGAGCUGCAAGCAAGUCAUACCAACCUGCAAGCCAGAUAUAAUGAAGUAAAGAAAACACUGACAGAGCUGAAGAGUUAUAGUGAGAAACUGGACAAAGAGCAAGCAGCCCUUGAGAAGAUAGAAUCCAAAGCCGAUCCAAGUAUUCUGCAGAACUUGAGAGCACUUGUAGCCAUGAAUGAAAAUCUGAAAAGUCAGGAACAGGAGUUUAAAGCACAUUGUCGAGAGGAGAUGACACGGCUGCAGCAGGAAAUUGAAAACCUGAAAGCUGAGAGAGCACCAGGUGGAGAUGAAAAGACCCCCUCCAGUGGAGAGCCACAUGGUGCCCUGACCUCCAUGGUGCCUCAUGAGGAAGACCUAGACAGACGGUAUCAUAUGGAGAAAGAGAAACUCUACAAGAUACGUUUACUACAGGCUCGAAGAAAUCGAGAAAUAGCAAUUUUACACCGCAAGAUUGAUGAAGUGCCCAGCCGAGCAGAGUUAAUACAGUAUCAGAAGAGAUUUAUCGAACUCUACCGCCAGAUUUCAGCAGUGCACAAAGAAACCAAGCAGUUCUUCACUUUAUAUAAUACCCUGGACGAUAAAAAGGUUUAUUUGGAAAAAGAGAUUAGCCUGCUGAACUCAAUUCAUGAGAACUUCUCACAGGCCAUGUCCUCCCCUGCCUCCCGGGACCAGUUUUUACGUCAGAUGGAACAGAUUGUAGAAGGAAUUAAACAAAGUAGAAUGAAGAUGGAAAAGAAGAAGCAAGAGAACAAAAUGAGAAGAGACCAUUUGAACGACCAGUACUUGGAACUGUUAGAAAAACAGAGGCUAUACUUUAAGACCGUGAAAGAGUUCAAAGAGGAGGGCCGCAAGAAUGAGAUGCUGUUGUCCAAGGUGAAAGCCAAGGCCUCCUGAACAUCCGCAGCCGUCGUUGUAUGUCACUGAUUCUUGUUUUUUAAAUACCAUAUAUCUACUACAAGAUCAUGAAAUGGUUCUGAAAGCGACAGUAGAGAGAUGCAGGUGUAAUGAUUUCCGCACCCUGGAUGUUUUCUUUCUCUUUGCUUCCAUUUCAUCUCUGUGUUGGCUGCUGUUGAUGGAAUCAGAUGGUGUAAACACUGGCUUGGAUAACACCCAUCAUCUCUGAAGAAACAUGGGCAGAACUUGUUCUCUGUGUUGAUUCAACUUUCAUUUCUCCAGUAACAUUGCACUUAUGAGGUACCUGUACCUGUAUGGAUGCUGAAUAAAAAAAAAUUCAUUUGUUUAGCAAGUA